GAUGAUUUCACCGUCUUUGCAAAUAGCUCAGAACUUGGAAAACAGAGCUUGCCCCGAACUCUUUUUGUAACUGUGGAAUCAGUAAAUGAUGAGGCUCCGGUGAUAACAGCCAACAAAAUCCUUCAGGUAUGUAUUCCUUAAACUGUUAUGUCUCUUGGACUUUGGAUCACUUGGAAUUCCAUAUUCAAGUUUCAAUCUUUGUUUUUCUUCUCCCCAUCUACCUGAAGUGGCUAUGGCCAAGGACUUUGCUCUCAAUCGAGCCUCACCCAAAGAGUGGGGCUGUUAAUUGAACUAAAUCUGGUUGGAGUGGAAAUAAAGACCUCAGGUUACUAGCUGUUGUUUUGAGUGGCAGGUUUUCCAGUUGUUUGGAAAGAUAGUAUAUUCCAGAAGCAAGAAGGGGCAAAAGCAGAGUUGCACGGAGGAGUAGCUGCCGUGGAAAACGUGCUUCAUUCAGCUUUUGUAUGCCCGGUGCUGGAAAAAAUGAGCAUCUCAGAGUCACGAGACAAGCAUGGCAGUAUGGGCAAAUUCUGUAACUGAGAUUACCAGGGGUGUCCUCUGUGCGGAAGAUGAGGACUCCUCCCCGCAGGACCUCACCUAUUGGGUCACUCCACCCAGCAACGGGCAUUUGGCUCUCCAGUCCUUUCCUGGCCGAAGCAUCCAGAACUUCACCCAGGCUCAGAUCAACAAGGGCCAGCUAGUGUUUGUACACACGGGGCCCAUGUCAGGAGGCUUUAAUUUUCAAGUUACCGAUGGUUUGAACUUUGCACCUCGACAAAUUUUUAGCAUCACCGCUCGAACCCUGACCCUUAGCUUAGAAGUAAACCGAGGACUGAGCAUCUUUCCAGGUUCCAUGAAGCCCCUUUCCUCUGGUGACCUGAGAGCUGUGACCAAUGAUGCGGACAGCACAGGAAACAGAACUGUAACAUUUACGGUUAUAAGUUCCCCUAGACUCGGAAGGCUGGUGCGAGUCAAUUCUGACAACAGCACGGAGGAUGUUUCCGUGUUUACGCAGAAUCUGGUCAGUGAACGGCUGAUAUUAUACCAGCAUGUGGACCAUGAGAACACCGGCUGGACUGCAGAAGACUCUUUCACAUUCACAACGUCCUCCCCACCAGCAGCUCUAGGUCCUGAGGAGUUUCGUAUUACUAUUUCAUAUGAAAUUACUGAGCCUGGUCGGCAGAGUCGUUUGCUUGCAAAUACAGGAGCUGCUGUCAAGGAGGGAGACAAAGUUGUCAUUGGUCAAUCUAAUUUAGAUGCUUCCAACCUCUUGUUGAAACUGCCCAAAUCUCAGCGAUCUUAUUAUGAAAUCUGGUUCCAGGUUACGUCUCUUCCUCACCAUGGAACCAUCAUGGUUGGAGAGAGGAAUAUUACCAAAGGAAAACCCAACUUCUCUCAGUAUAUAGUUAAUAAAUUUGGAAUCCUAUACCUUCACGAUGACUCUGAAUCUCUGGCUGAUAAUUUUACCUUUGCUGUUUGGCCAAAACAAAAGAGCAAAUCCACCACCAAACCAGAGGCCAACUUCCUUGAAGAGAUGUUUAACAUCACUAUCUCCCCUGUUAAUGACCAGGCACCAGAAUUAAAGACAAAGGGGCUUCGGUUGAAGGUUCUGCAGGGGAAUAGUUUGGUUGUGGGACCUGAAAACCUAAGAGUGGAAGAUCUAGACAGUCCUCCAGAGGAGAUCAGAUAUAUGAUCAUCCGUAAUCCUAAUAAUGGCAUUUUAGCAAUGGCUCACCAUCCAGACAUACCUGUUCACCAUUUCACGCAAGCUGACAUUGAUAACUCUCAGGUAUGGUUUAUACAAGAUGGAAGCCCAUCUUCAGGUGUGUUUUACUUUAGUGUGACUGAUGGCCAACACCGCCCACUUUAUAAGCUCUUCCACCUGGAUGUCAUCCCCAUUUCCAUCACCCUUGUGAACCUCACGGACCUACUUCUCCCACAAGGCCAGACAACUGUCCCCAUCACCAAUACUCACUUAUCAGCAAUGACCAAUGGGAAAAGUCCUCAAAUCACUUACAAGAUGACAAGUCCCCUCCAACAUGGGCAUCUGCUUAUUGAAAACCAGGUGGUCAUCAGCUUUGAGCAGGAAGACCUGCAUUCAGGAAGACUCUGUUACCGUAUGACAGAUCUCAUGGCCUCAGAGGACCAGCUGUAUUUCUCACUAUUUACACCAGAAAGCAACCUGACGGGACAAAUGCUGAACAUCAGAGUGCAGCCUUUACUGCGGGUUAGGUCAAACCUGACAAUCGCCAACAGGGUGGUUUAUCCGCUGAGAAGAAAGGACCUUGAUGCCACUGAGCUUGCUAAUAGGACUAACAGUGAUCCCAAAUUUGAAGUGACCGAACCCCCUGUCCAUGGGAGACUUGUACGAAGAGUGGGCCGAGGCACAGAGAUGGAAAAUGCUACUCUGUUCUCUCAGAGAGACAUUGACCAAGGGUGGUUGAUGCUUCAUGCACAUGCCAACCUAACAGACAUCGAUAUGCUGAAUGAUUCCUUCACCUUCUUGCUCAGGGCAGACCACGUACAGCCAGCAAUAGGUCAUCUCGCCUUCAGCAUAGUGCCACCUGACCCCUUAUGUUUGCAAACCUUUACCCCUGAUGUUUCUUUAUUAGUCACUGCCCAUAACCUUGUGACUUCAGAUCUCUCUCGGGGAAAGCCUGUGGUUUCCCCAGGACCCACGGCAAAGACAGAAACUCUGGGGAAGCUGGCCCAGACCAGGCAGCAGGAAACAAAUCCCUGGGGACAACACCGUGGUGAAGAGCCUACUCUGGAUGGCAAGGCCUCUCCAACCAGGGUUAUUUGGCCACCGGACACUACCAAUGCCAGGCCUGGAAUACCCACCCAGCCCAGGGAGAGCAGUUACCCUUUGAUGGUCAUUGUACCCUUGGCUGUGGUGGUCUUCCUACUGAUAGUAACUGCAGUGGCCUUGUGUGUCUGGCUGCUGGGCCAGAAGGUAGAAAAGACAAAACCUCUUAUCAAGCCCCAGACUAAUCUGGAACCUACAAUCCCAAGUUCUAGGCCAGAAAGGAGCAGAACCGUUCCCACUGUCACAGUGACACCCCUUCUAAAAAGCUCCAGCAAUCCCCCAGUCAGUCUUUUCAGGGACCCACAAAGUGAGCAGAUGGUUUCUCCAGCCACUGAGCCAGUGGAGAAAUGUGCUCCUUGGGAGACAUGGAUUAAUCUGGAUCCCGAUAUGGUCAAGCUCUGCCAACAAACCAACCCAACCCUGAAGCACAACCAGUACUGGGUGUAGACUGAGGGCUUUUGUUCCUGACUGACCACCUACUGUACUGGGAUAGGCACUGGGAUAUAAGGUCAAAGAAAUGUUAGAUCGAUCCGCUGAGGAAAGCCCAGCCCUGACAGUCACUCAGUGCUCAGUUAUGGCGCCGUGAUGAGAUGGGAGCAAGUGUUUGUUGUAACUCAUACAACACUCCUCUGAUGUGCUCCACAAUGAGCUUUGUCUGCCUUCUUGGGGACCUGACUCUGAGUAUAAGAUUUUGUCAAUAUUCAAAUCCUUUAUCAAGGUGCUACCAAACAUGCUGGUCCAACUGGGAUCAGCAGUAUUAACUUGGGUGCUAAAGUUAAUGGAGGAAGCCUUUGGAUAUUUUUCACUAAGGAUUCAUUCUAAGUGAGUCAGCAAGGAAAUGCAGGAACUGUUUCAGCAAGCAGAAGAGGUGAUUUAUCAAAUCAGCAGGUUUAUUGCUAGUGUACUUCUGUAAUGUCUUUUCCUCCUUGGGGUCUUGAGGUUUGACUUCCUAGGACAAGAAAUGCCUUGGUGCUCCAGAUAGUAGAAUAGUGUGACCCCCCUUUGAAGGUAUUCACUGAGCAUAUUGUGUUCCCUCAAGAGGCUUUAUCUAUUCUGAUUUGUAAAGUCAAACCUGUGGUACAAAUAUGAUUUGAAGCCCCAAGAAAUAGAAAAGUCUGUUAAAUAUUUUGUGAUGCCACAAUUUGGCUUAACUUUACAAUGAAUUGAAGUAAUGGCAAAUUUGUAUUUGACUUGUCUGGUUGAGCCUACGAUUGGCAGAUUCAGGCUUCAGUUUCUGUAAUUGUAAAAUGAAGAUAUGAGUACUUGUUUUAGUUAAGAAUGCUUUGGGUUGCAAAUCACAAGACAUUAGCUAUGAGUGGUUUGGAUUGGGGACUGGCAAACUUUAUCUGUGCAGGGCCCCAUAGUAAACAUUUUAGACUUUGUGGGCCCCAUAUGGCUGUUUAUUUUUAACAACCUUUGUUUCUAAAUGUUUUUUUUUUUUUUAAGAUUUUAUUUAUUUAUUU